GAUCAUGGGAGAUAAUAGAGCUCCAGCCCUGAAGACAGGGACCUCAGUGCUCUAGGGAAGGAGGAGACAAAAGAGACACAGCUCUAGGCUGCAGGCAGGGACAGCCUUGUUCUGGAGCCCAGCAGGGACACCUCCAGAGGCUGCUCUAGGACUCUAGACAGGGAAGAAACAUCUCAGGAGGGGAAGGCAGAGAUUCCUGGCAAGGACAGAGGUGGUCACACACAGUGGGGAGCACAGACUGAUGGACAGCCCCUGGAAUAGGCUCCUGAUCACAGCCUCCAUCCUCAGCUGCUGGAUCCAGGCCUCGUCUGCUCAAGGUGAUCCUGUCACUGUUGUGCCAAGUCCUCCCUAUGGGACAGUGGGUGGCAGUGUCACCUUGGACAUCCAGGGCUUCUCAGGGCAGGUUUUCAGCUAUAGUUGGUACAGAAAGUCAUUAGACAGUUCCAAACUCAUCGCUAUCUACACCGUCUCCUCUGGAGUGCAGACACCAGCAGACAUCCGGGAGAAGAUCUUCUCCAAUGGCUCCCUGCUCAUCCCGGACCUCACUCUCACUGACUCUGCUGUCUACAUGGCAAAAAUUGUUGGUUCUGGAGUCCUGGUAGCUGCAAUAGCACAAGGACAAUUGACAGUGUAUGACACAUCUCCAGGAAAAGGUAAUGGCUCCUCACUCUCUGGAGGAGCCAUUGCUGGCAUUGUGAUUGGAGUCCUGGCUGGACAGGCUCUCAUCCAGACCCUUCUCUAUUCCCUGCUCUUCAGGAAGACUGGAAGGGCCAGCAAACACCACCUUUCAGAGAAGAACCAUUCAGCACACAAACGUGGUGAGGAUGCCACCAUGUAUGAAAAUAGUGUUUGCCCCAAAGGCUCAGCUCUGCCUGCCCAGGGCCUGGGCUCCUCCCCUGCCUUUCCUGAAGUCCCAUCUGAGAGCCCUUAUCAGGCACUGAAUAUCAUCACAGCAGAUGUUUAUGACAAGAUUGAGCCCUUGAAGAACCCUCAAGCCUAAGGAAGAGAAGAAAGUCCCUAGGGAUGUUGGGACAGCCUUUCUAUUCCCCUUUGUAAAGGAGGUUUAAGAGGCAUCUCUCAGGGGAGAAAGUUGAGGCAUCUGGAUCAAUGUAAAAAUACAGCUGGGGGAGAAAUAAAAAGGCUGGAUUUGGGAAGAGGGAAUACUUCCAGGGCCUCAGGGACACCCAGAUCUCUCAGAGAAAAUUAAGAGGAAUGAAAAAAGUCAGAGCUCAGUGUGCCUGAGCUGCUUAGAAACCAAGGCACCCUAUGGAAUGUUUAGGUACAUAAUCUGUUUCUCCCCAAGUGCUUCAAUGUGUUGAAUCUUCCAUAUUUUUCUGUCUUUCUUAUCCAUGUUUGAGGGCCAAAAUUUGAUAUAUAGAACAUUCAUUGGGUGACUCGCCUAAAUAUUGGGGUCCUGGAAAUAUGAGGCAACUUUAAGUUCACCCUCCCCUAGAUAUUUCUCCCAGGCCAAUAAGAAAGGAGCCUUACAGCUAUAAUUCACAGAAGGAUCAGAUUUUAUUACUUGGGAAUUAAUUAAACAACCAAGGUGAAACUAAUAAAAACCAAAGUCAAGGA